AUGCCCGGACGAGCCACUGUUGCUCAUUUAAUCUUAGGUAUAUUUCGGUAUGAAGCUAAGUUCAUGUACGGUUUUGAUAUAGGGAGAAGAGUUGUAGAGACCUCUGACAUUGAGCAAGGAGAAGGCAAGGGGUGCCUUAAUCUUACAGGACAACUCGGAGAUGUGAUGAAGGAAAGUGCACAGAUUGCUCACACCGUUGCCCGGGCCAUAUUGCAGGAUCCAGGCAACCUCUUCUUUACCAAUUUAAAGCUUCAUCUUCAUGUUCCUGCUGGUGCCACCCCGAAGGACGGUCCAAGUGCUGGUUGCACAAUGAUAACAUCCUUGCUAUCUCUUGCCAUGAAUAAGCCUGUUAAGAAGGACCUAGCGAUGACUGGAGAAGUCACGCUAACUAGAAAAAUUCUUCCCAUUGGUGGGGUUAAGGAAUAGACAAUUGCUGCAAGGCGAAAUGACGUGAAGACCAUCAUCUUCCCCUCAGCUAACCGGAGAGAUUUUGAUGAGCUAGCAUCGAAUGUGAAGGAAGGCCACGAGGUACAUUUUGUAGAUGAUUACAGUCAAAUAUUUGAUUUGGCUUUUGACUAUAGCCAGAAGAUAGAAUAAAAUAUACAUUCUUGCUGAGUAAUCUUCGACUGGAAGUCUUUUCAAGGCUGGAAAACGGGACGUUUCUUCAUUCCCAUUCUUUUGAACAAUAUCUGCAGAGAAUGUCACGUGUAUACUGUAAGUUAUGCCCGGACGAGCCACUGUUGCUCAUUUAAUCUUAGGUAUAUUUCGGUAUGAAGCUAAGUUCAUGUACGGUUUUGAUAUAGGGGUAAAGUUCAUGUAUGAUUUUGGUACGAGGUGAAAUUCAUGAACUAUUCGCCCAUUUAACCAACCACCCUAUUUUUGACAUUAUCUUACAAAAGAAAUUAACUUCAGUAGAGAAGAGUUUAAUGAUAAUUCAAAUGAUAAACGAUUUGUUUGAAA